AUGAGGACCAGAUGCCAGAAGGAAGAAGAGGCGGUCAGGCUCUCUUCGGCAGGCACCCCGAAAGCUAGGGGCCACGCCGCCCCCGGCGGCCGCACCUGCCAGAAGAGGGCGGGGGCUCGGGCUCGGCCGCAGGGAAGGGGCAGCCCGGGCCCGGCCCCUCGGCGUCCGCCCUGGCCCCGCCGCGGGGGCAGGAACCCCGCGCCGCAGGUUUCCGCCCGGCGCCGCCGAGAGUGCCAAGGGCCUAGGUCGGGGGCCGCCCGCGCUCCCGAGGCCGCGUCCGCAUCGCCCGGGGCGCGCAGCCGCCUCCCAGCCCGGCCGCGGCGCCUCCCGCACCUGCCCGCGCCCUGCGGCAGCCCCGCCGAGCGAGCGCCGUCACCCACCUGGCGCUCCCGCCGCGCCUCCCGCACGUCACGGCGCGACCCCGCGGCCCUCGGCAGCAGCGGCGCGGGCGCACGCCGGAGACCCUGCUCGGCCGCCGCGGCCGGGUCGUCGCUGGGCCGCCGACAGCGAACCUGUUGCGCAGCCUGUCACGGCCGCUCAGGUCCGCGACGCCGCCUCAGCCCCACAACAACAUGGCGGCCGCGGCCUCCGCAGGAAGCCGGGGGGCGGGGAGGUAGGCGACGCGCCGGGCAGCUGACGACCCGCCCGCCCGCCCGCUGCCGGGCACCGACGGCCCGCCCUCGGGAGCCCGCAGUGGGCCCGGGUGCGGCUCCUCACAUCCACAGCCCCGGGCACCGGACCCCGCGGGCCUGGCCCAAGGGCGCCGCUGUCCCCUCGGGGAAGCCCCGAAGCCCCGGACCUGGCAGCCCUUCCCGGAGCUGCGACGACCCACCUGGCUCCUCCUCCCCGAGACUGGCUUCCUAUCCUGGAGAAGGAUGGUGGAAGAUGCCCUCACCUCAUCACCACCUCACCCCCAGUUCCGUGUUCUGGGUCUAGUCACCUAAAGAACUGAAUCCCUCACCUGUAAUUCCAAAUUUCUUGGGAUGAGACUCUGAUUGGUCCAACUUGGGUCAGGUGCUCAUUCCUGGUCUAAUCAACUGUGAGGAGGAGAGUGGAGUCAAGCUGUAUGAACAAGUCUCACUGGCCCCCCCUCUUGCAACUUUGGAGUUGUACUGUCUGGAGGCCAAGGGGAAAGGAGGAGCAGUAUGAACUGGAUGGACACCACAACAGAUGUCUUUUGUCAGGCAGACAUAUUAGUACUGAAGGCUAUUUUUUUAAUGAAAGAAAAAAGUAAAUAUUAAAAUCUCUUUGCCAGUAUGCUACUA